UGUGAGGGACCAGUUUAUCAUGCCCGUCUGUUGGCGUCAGACGAGAUUACUGUCAUCCAGAGUCCAACCCAUUUGAGCAGAAAGCUCUGGCGGCUGUGAGUGAAUGUGUAUUGGCGUGUGGGCGGGUGGAGAAGGGGCGAAAGCGGAUACUAGGUUAAUCAUAGUCCCUGUAAGCAGAUCGUCCGAACCUGGCCAUGGAUGAACAGGCAGGGCCCGGAGUGUUUUUUAACAAUAAUAUUUCGAUGCUGUCAAGCAAUGGCAAGGGUCCCGGGCCCCUUCAGGGAGAUGGCAGCGGUGGUUCUGCAGGGGAAACGGCAACAACAGCGCCCGUGACGGCGGCUCGGGCUCAGUACAGUAUCCCGGGGAUCCUGCACUUCCUGCAGCACGAAUGGGCCCGCUUUGAGAUUGACCGUGCUCAGUGGGACGUGGAACGGGCAGAACUGCAGGCUCAGAUUGCUUUUCUACAAGGAGAGAGGAAAGGACAAGAGAACUUGAAGAAGGACCUGGUCAGAAGAAUAAAAAUGUUGGAGUAUGCUCUCAAACAAGAAAGGGCCAAAUGUCACAAGUUAAGGUAUGGAACAGAACUAAAUCAGGGAGACAUGAAACCUCCAAACUAUGAUUCAGAUGAAGGGAAUGAGCCAGAAAUGCAAACUCAACAGAACAGCCAGUUAACGUGGAAGCAAGGGCGACAGCUACUGAGGCAAUACUUGCAGGAGGUGGGUUACAGUGACACAAUACUGGAUGUGAAGGCAAAACGGGUACGGACUUUACUGGGUCUCUCUGGUGAUGUGUCAGACAGAGCACAGGAAAAAAGUCCAGAGCGGAUGGUUAAUGGCACUGAACUUAUAGUAAAAAGCCCAGGAUUGUUAGGGAAACCUGACAUGACAGACUCUGCAUCUGUACUGGACACAUUAAAAUUUUUGGAACAUGCUGCUGCAGAAUUUAGUGAUGAAGAUGAAGAUGAGGAUAUGGAUGGGAAAGAAAAAACCAUCAUUGAUACUUCAACAAUGAUAAAAAGGAAAGGGCCUUCUGAGCCCGUUGAAGAGCUAGACACAGAAGAGGCAUUGAAGGAAUUUGAUUUCCUGACAGCACCAGAAGACAGCGAUGGGGAGUCGAGGAGUGCAGGCGAUGGGACGGACUGGGAAAAGGACGACCAGUGUCCCAUACCUGAAAACUGGGACGUGGACCAGGGAUUAAUAUCCAAACUGAAGGAACAGUACAAAAAGGAGCGCAAGGGGAAAAAAGGGGUGAAGAGACCAAACAGGUCAAAAUUGCAAGACAUGCUGGCAAAUCUGAGAGAUGCAGAAGACCUUCCGCCAUUGCAGCCUUCAGUAACACCACCAUCUAGGCCUAGCAGUUCACGAAUAAGUGAGCACGAGUUCAACAGGACAGAUGAAGUGGAUAUCUUGACAUUUCCUCCUGCCUCAGGAAAAACUUUUAUCAUGGGACCUGAUGAUUCUUUGGAGCAUGAGAUGGGUCUUGGAGAACUAGCAGGCCUGACUGUUGCCAAUGAAGCUGAUACGCUGACGUAUGAUCAGAUCGCCAACAAUAAAGAUGCGUUAAGGAAGACGUGGAACCCUAAGUUUACAUUACGAAGUCACUUUGAUGGAAUACGAGGUUUAGCAUUCCACCCGUUGGAACCUGUUUUGCUAACAGCAUCUGAAGACCACACACUGAAAAUGUGGAACUUACAGAAAACAUCGCCUGCAAAAAAGAGCACUUCUCUCGAUGUUGAACCAAUCUACACAUUUCGUGCACACAAAGGUGCAGUGCUUUGUGUGGUUAUGAGCUCCAACGGUGAGCAGUGUUACAGUGGUGGUAUUGAUGGUACCAUUCAGUGCUGGAACACACCGAAUCCCAAUGUUGACCCUUAUGACUCGUACGAUCCAUCUGUCCUUCGUGGUAUGCUUCUAGGACACACUGAUGCAGUGUGGGGUUUAGCGUACAGCAGUGCACAUCAGAGGUUACUGUCAUGCUCUGCAGAUGGUAGCAUAGGCCUGUGGAAUGCAGCUGAAAUCGGUCCGUCCUUAGCAAGGUUCAAUGAAAAUACAGAACUAGGAAUCCCAUCUUCACUAGACCUGGUAAGCAGUGAUCCAGCUCAUAUAGUGGCAUCAUUUAACACUGGUAAUACUGCUAUCUUCAAUAUGGAGACAAGGCAACGUGUGCUCAUGAUGGAGCCUUGCUUGGAUAUAGCAGUCAACUCGUCCUGCCAGAUUAACAGAGUGGUUAGCCAUCCAACACUUCCAAUUACUGUUACUGCACAUGAAGACAGGCACAUCAAAUUCUUCGACAAUAACACAGGGAAACUCAUCCAUUCAAUGGUAGCCCAUUUAGACGCAGUUACAAGUUUAGCUGUUGAUCCAAAUGGCUUGUAUCUGAUGUCAGGCAGUCAUGACUGCUCAAUUCGCUUGUGGAAUCUGGAAAGCAAAACUUGUAUACAAGAAUUUACGGCCCAUCGUAAAAAGUCAGAUGAAGCCAUUCAUGAUGUAGCGUUCCACCCUUCUAAAUGUUAUAUUGCCAGUGCUGGAGCAGAUGCGCUGGCUAAAGUUUUUGUAUGACAGUGGAUUAGUCUGUUCACCGACACCCUUUUCAUAAUCAGCAAACUAUGCUACAGAGAGAAGGCAGGCCAAGUACCUCUUUUCCUGCCUAGUAACUCCCCAGUGGGUCACAGAGCCUCCAUAAUAGUUGUAGGUUCUGUAGGGUGCUGUUUUCUAAGUUAAAAUAUGUUCAGGUUGAUUUACGUCCAGCUGGUGCUGAAGGCCUUCAUAGAGUGACUUGUUCUCAAAUGCAGCUUUUAUUUUGUGCUCCAUCCAGGCAGGCCUGGGUGUAACUGGGCUCAAGUUCUUUAACAGAAUCCUAAAUGGUUCCUUGAAGCAGGGAUGGACACGUUAAUGUCUUGGUGGAAAUUGUCAUUGAAGCUUUCCCAAUGGACAAGAGGGCUGCAGAUUCGUAUCGCUGUACAAGUAGCUGUCCGAUUCACUGCUGCUAAAUCACUGCAUAAAAAUGGCAACUUGUAUCGUCAUAAUCGUCAUCAUGAUCAUCAUCAUGGUAAGCUGCUGUCAGAAGACAUCUUCAUGUAGCCCAGUGUACUGCCAAGUAACAUAACGGUUUGUUCACCCUUCCAAAUUAGUAAAAUCUGAUUCCUCAGAGAAAAUAGGUUCAAGUCAGUUUAGACAUCUGACUAGCAUAGGAUUACACAUUGAAAUUUUUACUAAUUUUUUUUAAAACACAAAUGAUAUAUAUAUAUAUAUAAAUGUAAUCAUUGUUUUCUUGGGAGAAUUUUACGCAAAAAAAAAAAUACAGAGAAACACUUGAACAACUGCGGCUGCAACAUGGAAUAAAGCAGUUCUUUAAUUGCUAACAAAGUGGCCAGAAGUCAUAAAACCCUUGAUCUGAUAAUGUGAAACGCAGGUCAGCUGCAGCAUGUGCUGUGUAUGGAUCAUAAAGCGCUUAUGACAAUGUUCCCACUCCUUGUUCAUUCAUUGUGCAAAAUGAUAUGCCAGAAGAUUUAUAAAACCUCCCAUAAGCAGUUACACAGUAGAGUCACCUUUUAACCAAACAGAUAAACCUAGAAAACCUUCUUGUUUUAAAUCAUGUCUGGAGUCAGAAAUGUUGUAAUUCUUUAUUAUAAAUUCUAAAACCUUCUUAUUAAAUAGUUGGGGUAAUUAUGUGGCCGUGUCUUACUUGCACGCAACAUUUACUUCUACUUCUGGAACCUCUGUAAAUAAAAAAAAAAAUACAAAUCUGUUUAGCACUUACAAAUACACUGACAUUUUAAAAGUAAAGUGGUAUUGGCAUACUGCAGUGGGUAUUCUUAUUUUGAAUGUCAGCAUUUGUCUUAAUUGUCUAACCCUCUAACUCCAGUACAUUGAAUGUAGUUCUCUUAAAAACAUAAAAAUAAGGAAGCCAAUGUUUUAUUUGAAAGUUCUAAAGACUAUAUAAAUAUAUAUAUAUAUAUUGUAAACAUUAUAUAUUAAAUGUUACAGAGCCUUGUAGUGCAGGGAGCGUGAACUCCCGCUUUUUAAUUUUUUUGUAUUAAAAGUUCUCCUGAGUUAGUGUGCACAGAAGAUCAUGGUGUGGGUAUUGAAUAAAGUGUUGUGGUAUUUACUUACACUCUUA